UGAUUUAGGAUUAUGUAAACCUGUAGAAUAUUUUCAAUCUUUUAAAAAUAAUAAUAUUUAUGGUGUUUUACCAUUUGUAACACCUGAAGUUUUAAGAGGUCAACCUUAUACUUUAGCUAAUGAUAUUUAUCGCUUUUCUAUGAUUAUGUGGGAAUUUAUAUAUGGAAUUCCUCCAUUUGAUAAUGAAGCUCAUGAUUUUCUAUUAGCAUUACAUAUUUGCAAAGGCAAACGUCCUAAAAUCAUUAAAAAUAUUCCACAAUGUUAUAUAAAUUUACUAAAAAAAUGUUGGGAUAUGGAUCUAUUAUAA